AUGUCGCUGGCCUUUCUGUCCAAGAAGAGCUGGCACACAGCGAACCUACGCAAUGUCGAAAAGGUCUGGAUUGCUGAGCAAAAGCAUGCAGCCGAAGAGAAGAAAGUCGCAGAGCUGCGGAAGAACAUCGAGCAGGAGCGGCAGCUGCAGGAGCUGCGACAGCUUCAGGCGGACCAGGGCAACAAGUCCGCGGCAAUUGAGCGUGUCGACUGGAUGUACGAAGGACCGUCAGCAGCUCGGGAGAAGACGGCCGAGGAGUUUUUGCUCGGCAAAGAGUACAAGGGUGAGGACGAGAAGACUGCUGUAGAGGAGGUGGACCUAAGUGCGACGACAAAGUACGGCUCUUUGGCGCUGACGAAGAGCGCGUUACCAGCGAAUGACGCUUUUCAGCGGCUGCAUGAGGACCCGAUGAUGCUCAUUCGUAAGCGUCAGCAGGCUGCUCGUGAAGAGGUUUUGAAGAAUCCAGUCAAGAUGAAGCGUAUUCAGGAGGAGGUGGAUCGUUUGAAACAGAUGAAGAAAGCCAAGAAAGAUAGGAAGAAAGAAAAGAAGCGGGCGCGAAAGGAUGAAAAGCGUCGGCUACGGAAGAAGAGGAAGCUUCGUGGUGACAGCGAAGACAGCGAAGAUGGAGUUGACAAGAAGAUGGAUAGCUGUUUUGAGCGAAACCAUUCGACCGUUCAUCGAGGAAAUGAUCGUGCUAGUGAGAAGGAACGAUUGCGUCAAAGAUCCAGUGGGCGUUACGAUGAUGAGGGGUCUGGUCGUGAAGAUACACGUCGGGAUCGAAGCAGCCGACAAGAUGCGUCACAAGCACACGAGAAUGAUUCUGUUGGGGUGCAUCGACACGGCCACUCUCGCACGGAUGCGGAAUCGAGACGUAAACCUGUUGAUAGGGAAGGAAAAUACGGUCUCAUUAACAAAACGGAUGCAGUGAAGUCAAAGAACGUCGACAAAACAUCUUUGGGACCCAGUGUUCAGCACUUGGCGAAGGCUCGUGAGGCCAAACGGCUCGAAGAAGAAGAGCGCCAGCGUAAGCUAGGUGAGCCGUCGGGCAAGGAAGCGCGCAAGCUGACCGAAGAGGAGAAGAGGCAAAGGGUUCAGCAAAUGGUGGACGAUGCAAAGCAGCGUGACGAGUACAUUAAAAAGCGCGCGACUCUGAAGAAAGACGAGCUGGACAAGCUGGAGCAAAACGCUACGAGCAGUAAUCCGGAGUUUCUCAGGAAAGUGCGUUCGGACGCAUACUUGGACAGCGAAAGUAGCAUGAGCGACCGGCUUCGCAGAAAUGCUCACUACAUCCAACGAAAAGCUGACGCCUCCAACUUCCUCACGAAGUAG